CUUUUUACAAGUAAACUGAUGUACUCGACUUCAGAGUGCUAAAUCUUUUGCGGAAUUUAGCUCAUAUUUUUCACAUUCUGUGAUUCUCUAUUUGUGGGAAUACAAAAAGCGCAAUAUAAGUCCAUUUGAAAAUAGGCUACGAUUGUAGGAAUGAAAGUAUAAGUAUCCAUAAUCGUAGUCACAAUCGUCAUAUUUCAUAGGCAUGCGUUCCACUUUACUUAAUCGGGUUCGUCCUUGUUUAGAUUUAUAAAAUUUACUUCAUAUUUAAGCAAAACAAUUUGACAACGCAACGCGAAUACGUUGUCAACAGUCUGGAAUUGUAUAAUAUGUCUAAUUGUUCACGAAAGCACAAUAAAAUUGUAUGCAUAAACGCCUAUAGAAAAUACCCUUAACCAGCUCUUAAACCCAUUGAAUUUUGAAUGCAGAAUGUACAAGAUUGACGACAAUAUUGAGAGAAUGUCGUCAGCAUCGUCGUCUAUCACGUAUCGAACAAACGACGAAAAUCACAGAACAGUUCCAAUCCGUGAUUUUCAAAAAUUGUCCACUCGGAACGGCCGCCACAGACAAACAAGCGAGGAAGCCUACGCCGCCGAAAUACAUACAGCCUCAAGCGCUAAAAAGACAGACGACGACUAUCUGCUGGAUAGUUUACUUAGUCGUGAAAGUCGAAAUAUUGAUGCACCUGGUUCGGAUUCAGCAAUUAAGCACAGAAAUAAAAGAUACGGACAUUCGGAAAAGGAAUAUUUUUCAGCAAACAGUGAAAGUGAUAAGAGACCGCAACGAGAUACGUAUGAAAGUGGUUUCGUUUCUGAUGAAUACAAAGACACAAACGAAAGUAUUGAACGGGGUCUUCAGAAUGAGUUGCUUAGAGUAGACGUGGAAGAUCGCUUCUCGUUAUCUUCUGUUAGCACCGUUGCAUCACGGUCUCAUCGAUCUGACAGAACAAGCACAUACAGAAACUACAAUCGGGAAGUUAAUCGGAAAAAAACCGCACAAGAUCACGAUAGCGAAAGUAUAUCAGAAAUUCGUUCAGAAAGCGGUUUGGAAGAAGAACGAUUCCCUACCUAUUUAUCCGCGAACUUCAAUGUUGCAGUAGAUCAAAGUGACACCCAGAGCUGGUAUUCUGAAAUAACUUCAAGUAGUCUUCCUAAAUCUGCAAAAUACCACCAAGUACAAAAUUCCAAUAGAAAUUUUGGCGGCAAAAUUCCUACUUUUUCUGCUGUAUCAGCGCCCACACUUGCAUUAGGAGAGUUAGAAAGCGAAAGCAGCAUUCAUUCAGAAGCUGAAAACCGGCCACAAAUACCUCAUAGACACCAAGAAAUAGAUAUGCGAAGCGUCAGACGUGUCAGCAGUAGAUCUAGAAUAAAACAAGCUCAAUCACCUCUAAAUGUAGAGGAAUCUCCUAUUGACAGCAGAGUAAACAAUAAUUACACAAAACAGAGGCAUUCUUAUGAGCAGGACAGAAGACAUGCUUACCAUAAAUCACAAAACUCACAGCGUCGGAGUUUACCGGAAAGCCAGCAGCCCAGAUUUCAUCAUACCACCUCUACACGAUCCAGUUCUCUAUCUGAAAAAGCAUAUUAUCCAAAUUCCCACUCAUCCACCAGAAAUACUUCUGAAUCAGAAGAUAGUUUCAACCAACGUAAAAAAUCCAAUCACUCUGACAGAUCAAUGCAAGAAGAUAUAUUGAGAUUGGGAAUUGUUGAUGAAAACAAACCUAUGACAACACCAGAAUCUCUUGAAAAUGCACCAAUCACGAAAUCACCCAGACCUUCAAUUCAUUCACGAAAAUCAUCUGGUCAUGGAUCUCAGACCUCAAGAGCAGGAUCUCGCUUGUCAAUUCAAAAAAUUGAUAUGGGAGACACAGACUCUAUUGGUUCAGCUACCAGUGUUAUUCUUCGAGCAGAAUCUCGAGGAAGCAAAUCAAGUGGAACACACUCUGUUAACAUGGUAGAUCCCGAUGAGGAAAUAUUGGUGGGAGAUGAAAAAGAUCUGCAUUCAGCGGCAAGACGAGGAGAUUCAGAAACAGUAGAUGAAUUACUGGAGCUUGGAACUGACAUCAACUGUCGAAAUGAGACGGACCGCACACCAAUACAUUGGGCUGCUGGGAAUGGACACGUUUCUGUGCUAAAAAUAUUACUUGAAAGAGAUGCCAACAUAGAAGCUGCCGAUAAGUUUGGAAUGAAUGCACUUCUAUGGGCAUCAUGGUUCGGUCACAAAGUAUGCGUCGAAAUGCUUCUUCGAGCUGGUGCAAAAUCCACUGCCAAAAACAAAAAUGGAUUUAGUUUUCUACAUUGUGCAGCACAGAAUAAUCACAUUAUGGUGGAACAUAUAUUAACAGAAGAUCUUCAAGAAUUUGAUAGAAAUAUUACAGAUGAUGCGGGAAGAACAUGUUUACAUGUUUUAGCUAAACAUGGAAGAAAAGAAAUGCUUGAGACGUUUAUUGCACUUCAGUGUGACGUAAACGCCAAAGACAAGGCAGAGAACACACCUUUGCAUCUCGCAGCUAAAAAUGGAUUCCCUGAACUACUUUCAAUUUUAGUGAAUGCUGGAACGAAUAUAGAAGAAAAAAAUGCUGAUAAUAAAACAUCACUGCAUCUUGCGGCUGAAGAAGGCAAGACUGAAGCUAUUGAAGAGCUGAUAAGACUUGGUGCAGAUGUCAAUGCAGAAACUGAAGACGAAGUUUGCCCGCUGCAUCUAGCUGUAUCAGGAAGGCACGAAGAGGCCACUAUUGCUCUCAUAAAUGGUGGCGCUGAUGUUGAUGCCGGAAACAAGCAUAAUCAAACACCAUUCCAUUAUGCUGUUAUAGCAAACAAGACAUCUAUUGUACAAAUACUGGCCAUGCACAAUGCUGACGCUAAUGUUCAAGAUGCAAGAAGAGAAACUCCAUUGCAUUUAGCAACGGAGAAUGGAUAUUAUGAAAUUACCGAAAUUUUACUCCACUGUAAUAUAAACCUUUCAUUAACAGAUCAGAGAGGCAAGACCCCACUAGAUGUAGCUGCGAGAGGGAGUUAUAUUACAAUUGUUGACAUGAUAUUGAAGGCUGAACGACAUCAUUUGUAUCUAAAGUCACCACAUAAUCAACUGAACAACGGUCAUCCACUUGACAAUAAUGAUUUUAUGGAUGAUGUACUUGAUGGACUACCACGAGAUGUUUCAUUCAAACCAGAUAAUUCCGCAGAAACACAACAUAUACGAACAAUUUUAUAUAAACUUGCCACAAAAUAUUUGAAAAAGGACGAGUGGAGGAAACUAGCGUUCCAGUGGGGAUUCACCGAUUCUCAGGUACAGGCCAUUGAAGAACAAUAUACUGGUGAACGAAGCUAUAAAGAGCAUGGAUACAGAAUGUUACUCAUAUGGUUAAAUGGUUGCAUACUCAGACAAGAAAACCCUGUACGUUCAUUAUUUGAAGGUCUUGUAGCAAUUCAAAGGAGAGAUGUGGCAGAGACAAUCAGAUCAAAGGCAAACUCACUUCAACCAGAAAAGGCAUGCGUUAUAUCGUGACAGGGCAACCAAAAACACGACAUCCAAAUACCUUUGUCGGUUGUGCAAAUCUUUUCACUUCAUAUACUCAUCCACAGUAUACUAACUAGACACAGGAUGUUUAAUAAUCCUAAAGUCAACUUUCUCACUUAUUUCUCCGUCUUAUUGUGUGUAUAUAAAUUAAGUUCUUCCAAAAAUCUUGCUAACUUAUAUAUUUUCAAUU